AUGCCGCGGCAUCUGUUUUCCUCCGCGCUGCUGAUUAUUUCCUUGUUGAUAUGCUGCGGCAACAGUGGCGCGUCUGCUAGUGACCAAAGGGAUGCCAUGGAUCCGUUUGCCGGGACGACGGAUAUUCCUGCUGCCGCAUGGGAAGGCGUUGGGGACGCCGCUCAAUCGGUCACUUCCCUCCGUGUCCCCAGCCUUGUUGCGGUGGGGGAGGAUGUUUUUGCCGUUGCCGAGGCUCACUGCAUGAAGCAGGACGAGGGGGCCGGCUGCGUAACUGGAAUUGCGUCGAAGCGCCUCGAGCAAACCGCGGAGGGCGCUGCGAUGGAGAUCUCGGCGGCGGACACAAGACUCCUUUACACGCAACUUGUGGAUGGAAGUGACGCGGCUGAGAAGAAGGCAAUGAACAUCAUGCGGCCAACAACACUUGUGCGGGGCAACGAGGUCUACAUGCUGCUGGGCAGACGUACCCGUACAGAGCCUGAGGAGCGGGAUGCCGGAAAAACUGGCUGGAAGCUUGUGCUGGUGAAGGGAAGUGUCAGUGGAGACGGUGAUAACGGGAAGAAAAUCGUGUGGACUCAGACCCGUGCGGUGGAUGCCGCAUCUAUAGGGUUUCAUGGCUCCUUGACUGCGUUGUCUGGUGGCGGAGGCUCGGGCCUUGUGCUGGGCGACGGCACGCUUGUGUUCCCCAUGCAGGGGAUCAACAGGGAGAAAAAGAGCGUCUUGCUUGCCUUGCGCCUAACGCCAUCGGGGGAUAAAUGGACGCUUUCGUCCGAUACGACCGGUGCGGGCUGCAGGGACCCGUCCAUCGUGGAGUGGGGGGAAGACGGAAGCCUCCUCGCGAUGGCUCCCUGUGAGAGGGGCUCCUACGACGUCUAUCCGUCAACUCCCCGUGGUGUAGCUUGGUAUAAUGCGGGUGAGCCAAUUUCGCGCGUGUGGGGCACCUCACUGAACCGGCAAGGAGGGGACGGCGUGCAGAGCGGCUUCGUCACGGCAACCUUCGAGAAUAAAAAGGUGAUGCUCCUCACCACGCCGGUGUACUCGGAAGAGGAAGGCAAAGAAAAAGGUCGUCUGCAUCUUUGGUUGACUGAUAAUUCCCGCGUGCACGAUGUCGGACCGGUGUCCGCUUCCGGUGAUGACGCUGCUGCCAGUUCCCUGCUGUACAGAAGCGGUGCGUCGGAGGAGUUGAUUCUACUGUACGAGAAGAAGAAGAAUGGAGACUCUUACGGCCUCGUAUCUCUGAGCCUGGCAAAGCAGCUGGAGCAAAUCAAGUCCGUGGUGCAGACCUGGAAGGAAAUGGACGCCGCCUUGCAAAGCUGCACUUCCUCUGCCGCCGUUGGCACGCGGAUAAAUGGCGUGUGCAACGGCCCUGUCCCCACCAGAGGGCUGGUGGGCCUUUUGUCCAGCACACUGGCCGGGACUGCGUGGGUGGACGAGUACCUCGGCGUGAACGCGACUGUGAAAGGUGGGGCGGCGACAAGCGAGAAGGGAGGUGUGACGUUCAGCGGCGCCGGAGCGGGGGCGGAGUGGCCCGUGGGAAGCAGGGGGCAGAACCAGCCGUACUACUUUGCGAACAACGGAUUUACGCUUGCGGCGACGGUGAUGAUCCACACGGUGCCGGAGGCGGACACGCCUUUGCUGGGCGUGAGGAUGAAUGACACGGUC